CGGAAAUGAGGUCAGAGAGAGAAACUCCGGCGGGGAGACUCUGCCCAAAAAGCGGCGCCCUUCGGAGCUGGCGGCGGCAGCGGAUGUGGCCUCAUGGAUGAGCUGGUACAUGAUCUAGCUUCAGCCUUGGAGCAGACAUCUGAGCAGCAUAAGCUUGGUGAGCUGUGGGAGGAGAUGACCCUGAGUCCCCGGCAACAGAGGCGGCAGCUUCGAAAGCGCCGAGGCCGGAAACGCAGGUCUGACUUUACUCACCUGGCAGAGCAUACCUGCUGCUACAGUGAGGCCUCGGAGUCAAGUCUGGAUGAGACUAUCAAGGACUGUCGAGAAGUGGCCCCAGCCACCAAUUUCAGUGACUCAGAUGAUACCAUGGUGGCCAAACGACACCCAGCUCUCAAUGCCCUAGUUAAGAGUAAGCAACAUUCUUGGCAUGAAUCUGACUCCUUUACUGAAAAUGCACCUUGUCGACCACUCAGACGCCGGCGGAAGGUGAAGCGAGUGACAUCAGAAGUAGCUGCCAGCCUUCAGCAGAAGUUGAAGGUGUCAGAUUGGAGCUAUGAGAGAGGCUGCAGGUUCAAGUCUGCUAAGAAGCAGCGCCUGUCCCGCUGGAAGGAGAAUACUCCCUGGACCUCAUCAAGCCACGGGUUGUGUGAAUCAGCAGAAAGUAGGACUUUCCUAAGCAAAACAGGAAGAAAAGAAAGGAUGGAGUGUGAAGCUGAUGAACAGAAACAGGGCUCUGAUGAGAACAUGCAGAAUGGGGAUGAUGAGCAGAGUGAUUGGUUCUAUGAAGGAGAAUGUGUCCCAGGAUUCACUGUCCCUAAUCUUCUACCCAAGUGGGCUCCUGAUCACUGCACUGAAGUAGAAAGAAUGGACUCUGGACUGGAUAAACUUUCAGACCCCACAUUCCUUUUACCUUCCCGGCCAGCUCAGAGAGGGUACCAUGCUCGCUUAAAUCGCCUGCCAGGAGCUGCAGCUAGAUGCCUCAGGAAGGGACGAAGAAGGCUGGUUGGGAAGGAAGCCAGCAUAAGCACUCUUGGUACUGAGAGGAUAAGCCAUAUCAUCAGUGACCCCCAACAGAAAGACUUCUGGUUACCAUCAGCUGGAAAAAGAGAACGAAAUCAGUCUAAUCCUCUCUCUCCCCUUUACUCCCUGGAUGUUCUUACUGAUGCUUCUCAUCGAAGAUGCUCACCAGCACACUGCUCUGCCAGACAGGGAAACAUACACUGGGGAUCACCAUGUACACGUGACAUCAAGAGGAAACGGAAGCCUGUGGCCACAGCAUCUCUGUCUAGCCCUAGUGCAGUUCACAUGGAAGCGAUGGAGCCAGCUCCAGCAGCCCCACCGACAGUGCAAGUCCCACAGUCUCCAGACUCUGAGUGGUUGAUCAGGACCUCUACCAUAGACAAAGCCACUGACUCAACUGCAGCCACGUUUUUUAAGACACCCCAGGAAAAGGGCUCUGGAUGCAGCUAGAGAGCACUGUCACCACAGGAUCUGAAACUGUGUGCAGUCUCUCCUAGCUCCACUGUCCAGUUCUUUCACUUCACACCUGAGGACUUGUGUACUUAGAGAAUCAUAUUGUGGGAAUCUUAAUACUUUCUUUCUUUUAAUUAGUAAAGUAUGGAAGCCACAAUUCAAGAGAAGGAUGCCUAUGCUAUGUCCUGUUUAUUACGUUAUUAUCCUUUUAUCUACAGCUUUCGUUAGAGAGCUGUUGCUUUUUUGCAGAUGUUGUUCCUGAAAUACUAGAAAUGGCUUUUGCAUAUCUUUUGUAUAAAGCUUUUAAUAUUUGAGGAAGUCCCAAAUUUACAUCCAGUUCCAAAACCAAUUCCCGAAUGGAACUUUGCUUGCAGGAGAUGAGGCUUGCUAUACUAGGCCUUGGUUCAUCUAGAGUGCCAAUACCAUAUGUCAAUCAAGGUUUCAGUUUGUGGCCUCAAGAGACACCAGCAGCAUGGGAACUUCGUGCCUGCAGCUGGUGUAAUAGGAUCACCUGCAGCUGCAUUGUCCUUUCCCUCAUCUCCAAAGUUGUUCUGCUGAAAGAGGACAUUGUCUAUUGCUGUAAUGAUAUGGAGACAUAGUUUAGGUGGGCAGCAAACUUGACAUGGUCAGUGGAUGAUGUCAUCCUUCAGGUCUCUGUGUAAGCCUUAUGUCCUAAGUGGAACUUCACUGUUACUGUUAGAGGUCAAUGACCUACAGUAGAAACUGAUACUUUUAUUAUAAAAAUGGUUUCUUGGGGCCAUGAUUUGGAGAGGAAAAAAUGUCUUUUGACAUGCCUUUCUACUUGGUGUGUUCAUGACUGCUCAGCUGCAUGUAGAGUUAUAUAUACAGUCGUGCCUGAAGUUGGAUAUUACUUUGUCAAAUUGAGGAAUAAGUGACUGCCGGGAGCUGCUGGAGAAAAGUGACAAGCUUUCUCAAAAGUAUUAUCAAGAAUGUCUGUCAUGCAGGGGUCUGGUUGACAGAGGGUUCUUUUUUUGUAUGAACUGAGUGCUUUUACUCUGAAGUACAUGAAAGCUGUUUGUUCCAUGCUCACUGUUCUGGUCACCUGGGAAAGGAGCAUGUGCAUACACACAUGCCCCGGUGUUUUGUUUUAAUGUAGGUGUGGGUGGUACUGUGCUUCCUUUCCCUAGAGUGAAAUUGUCCCUCCCACACAGAAUGUAAUUAUUGGUGUGUUGCUUUACUGUGUUCUCUUUAAAAAUUACAGUUCCUAUCGGUGGAAACUCCAGAAUUUUGUUGUCAAUGAGGUGGGCAGGUGGUUGGGUAUGAAUCUUGUCAUUGUACUUUAUGUAAGUGUGAGAUGAUAUGAGUUGGCCCCCACAAGGAAUAUGGUGGAGGCUGGGGCAGAUGGAGGAUAUGGGAUGGGAGAACAGUGUUAAAGCCCAGGCAUCUUCAGAAUCACCCCUGAAGGAGUGAGAAUACUGAAGGAGUGAGAGUUCUGCUGGAGUGUCAAGACUGUACUUCUGUUCCCUGUGAGCUGUACCCACAAAGGUAGAGAGAAUGUGGUGCCUGUUAGCUCUACUGGCUCUACUGAAUUAUCUCAGUGAUGAAGACAAAACUGUCAAGACUUGGGACUAAAACAUUUCAAGCACAAUAUUGAAGAGUGGACUGAAGAUGUACAUGAAGGAAGCAACCUUGGUGAGGCUGGGAAGUGGGAAGGCAAAGAGAAAAGAAGAGAAGAUGCACCAACCAGGGGCUCAAAGGGUGUUUCCUGGUCCCAGUGGUCCCCUAAGUUGGCAGCCUGCUGAUCCAGAGAUGGGGUGGGGGAGGCCCAGCAAGCUUCUAACAAGCUCUCCAGGGUAUUGAGUGUAGGCACUGAACCACAGUUGAAUAGAGAUGUCUUAACAUACCAGUAUCAUACUAAGGUCAGAUGGUAUAGCUCCUCCAGAAGUAAAGUCUUUUUGUAUAUGACUACUGUUAAUGUCUAUUUCCCAGAUUUUCUCUUGGCAGGAUCCUGAAAGAUUGGAAAUACUGAGAAAGGAUGAUAUGUAAGAUGGAUGGGAAGAACCUUUUUAAAUGGAAUCUUGAACUGAGAAGAGGACCCCAAGUCCAUUUCUAUAUAAAGAUGCUUUCCAUCAAAUGUUUUUUUUUAGUCUGGCUUUGUACAGCCAGUCAGUGUUUGGCUGUAGGUGAUGAGACAGACAUACUUUCUUGUACCAUGUUAGUUUUGGACUCCCAUUUUAUUAAGGAAACUUUGUUGUUUUAGGCACUGGCCUUUGCUAUUAAUAAAGUGGAACUUGAUUUCCCA